AUGGCGCAAUCAAUUUACUCAAACUAUCCACCAGAGCUAUCUGCCGCUCAACAAAAGUUCCUUGUCACAGCCGUAAAAGACUGGGCUAUUCACAAUGGCCUGGCUGUUCGCCCUGGGCCAACGGUUGUUCCAGAGGGAGGGAAUCCGAAUGGAGUGUUGGCGACAAAUGCGCCAGUCACUCUGUUCCCUAGUCCAUUUCCCAGGACAUGCUUCACGGAAGCCACGGCUCUUCAAGAGGUUUACAACAAGCUCUAUGCCUCAAUUACAUGUAAUGAAGAAUGGCUCGGGGAAAUCGUCAAAGGACUCAUCGAGGUUGAUGACUUCGUCGCCAACCUGUGGAAGGUUCACUUAGCUGUGCAGAAAGAGGGAUAUGCCCAGAAUCUGGCACUGGGUCUUUACCGGUCCGAUUACAUGGCUCACGUCUCACCCGCGGGUGACACGGCUCUGAAGCAAGUUGAGUUCAACACCAUUUCGUCCUCAUUUGGAGGUCUCUCGGCUCUUGUCCGACAAAUGCACACUGAGCUCUUGACCUCACCUCCGGGCUCAUCGAUCAACUACCCAUUCCACCCUUUACUUCAGUCUGAGGUUCCUCCAGAGAACACCGCAGUCGAGACCCUCUCUUCCGGUUUAGCUGUGGCCCACAAGGCUUACGGAGCCUCCAAGUCCACCCCUGCCCUCCCUCUUUGUGUGGCAUUUGUGGUCCAAGACACGGAACGCAAUGUCUUUGACCAACACGCUCUCUCAGAAAAUCUGAAGAAGACCCACAACAUCCCGCGUGGAUAUCUUGGAUCAAACAUUCAUUCCCAACGACAACUCAUCCCGACCACUGCUCUACCGCCCCCUCACUCGCCUGACUCUAUCUUCGAAGUAACGACCGUCUACCUCCGAGCUUACUACUCCCCAGACGAAUACACGUCCAGUCGUGAUUGGGAGGCACGCACGCACCUCGAGCGCUCUGCGGCCAUCAAGUGCCCCACUGUGCUUAACCAGCUGUCCGGCUGCAAAAAGGUGCAGCAGGUUCUGGCCGAGCCGACUGGAUUGGAUCAUCUCACUGGAUUCUUGAAGGAUAUCGACGCAAGUCUCAUUGAAAGGGUCCGGGCCACAUUUGCGCCGCAAUACGAUCUCUCGCCGAACAGCAAGGGUCGCGAGCUCGCUCUCAACCCUGAGACGGCCCUGAACCAUGUUCUCAAGCCGCAGCGCGAGGGAGGUGGCAACAAUGUUUACAAGGCUGAUAUUCCAGGAUUCCUACAAUCGCUUCCAGAGUCGGACUGGAAGGGUUGGGUCUUGAUGGAGCUUAUCAACCCCGCUUCCAAUGCCCAGAACGUUGCCCUGCGUAACGACGGUGAAGUCCUUCGUGGGGAUGUCAUCUCUGAGCUCGGUGUCUAUGGUACCAUUCUGUGGGAAGACACUGGCAAGAUCCUGCAUAACAACCACGGCGGUUACCUCCUGAGAACCAAGGGCAAGGAGGUGAACGAGGGCGGCGUCGCCGCCGGAUUCUCUAGUCUGGACAGUGUUCUUUUGUUCUAA